AUGGAAACGCCUCUCACGCCGCCACCACAGGCACACAGGAGCAGCUGUUCGUCUCCUGCCCUAGUCCCUCCGCCGUCGCCUGGCAUUCAUAUCGAUUUGGCUACCGGCGAGGCAACAGGCAAAGAACCAUGCGACACCCGUCCGGCAUUUCCUGCCAAUUUGUCAGCUCCUGCCGUACCAACGACGUACCAAAGUCCAAUUCGACAGCACAGGAGAACGCCGUCGCAGCAUCGUGAGGUCAAGGAAACUCUCAAUGCGCGAUCGGAGUAUACCAACGAUGACGAAGAUGGCCGGUCACACCAGAAAGUCAACCAGUACACAAUUAAGGAGGAGAUUGGGAGAGGCUCCUAUGGCGCCGUCCAUCUGGCCACCGACCAGUAUGGCAAUGAAUAUGCCGUAAAGGAGUUUUCUAAAGCUCGGUUGAGGAAACGCGCGCAGUCAAACAUACUUAAAGGCCCGCGAGAGCCUGGACAGUUUCCUCGGGGGUUCCAAUCGGCGAUUGGGUCGCGAUUGAACGAGCAUCGAACUGCUGAAGCCAAGGAUGCGCUGUACUUGAUCCGGGAAGAAAUCGCCAUCAUGAAGAAGCUCAACCAUCCAAACCUGGUCCAGUUGAUCGAGGUGCUCGACGACCCAGAGGAAGACUCACUCUGGAUGGUGCUGGAGAUGUGCAAAAAGGGCGUUAUCAUGAAGGUGGGACUCGAUCAAGCCGCAGAGCCUUAUGGCGAAGAACAAUGCAGACACUGGUUUCGCGACCUAAUAUUGGGCAUUGAGUACUUACACGCGCAAGGUAUUGUGCAUAGAGACAUAAAGCCAGAUAACUUGCUUCUUACAGAGGAUGACGUACUGAAGGUCGUUGAUUUUGGGGUUUCCGAGAUGUUUGAGAAGCCCAAUGAGAUGCAAACAGCCAAAUCAGCUGGCUCACCAGCUUUUCUCCCACCAGAACUCUGUGUUGCAAGGCAUGGGAAUGUGUCUGGCACAGCCGCCGAUAUAUGGUCAAUGGGUGCCUCCUUGUACUGUAUGCGGUACGGCAGGAUACCAUUUGAUCGCUCGACGCCGCUUGAAAUCUACGAAGCAAUCAAGACGGAGCCACUGAAACUUCCAGCCGACGAGAACCCAGACUUUGUUGAUCUUUUGAGCAGGAUCAUGCAAAAAGAUCCUGCCCAGCGUAUCAGAAUGGAGGAUUUGAGGGAGCAUCCAUGGGUUACCAAGAAAGGAACAGAUCUACUCUUGAGUAAAGAGGAUAACUGCUCCGUGAUUUUGGAGCCGCCGAACGGUCUUGAAGUUAACCACGCAUUUACGAGGAGAAUGAGCCAUUUGCUCUGUGUAAUGAAAGCAAUUUCGAGGUUCAAAAGUCUGCUGUACUCUAGGAGUGUGCCAGGAACUCCUCGCAGGCCACUGGAAACUAGGACCAGAGAGGCUGAAAACGCAGCUGAGGGGAAGCCGAAAUUGUCGCUGUCACCUAGCCUCAACGAUUUGGUUAGCACAACGGAAGCCUCGCCAAACCUAGAACAGGCUGCUGCUCUUGUGGCGGAACGCCACAAAUUCUUUCACGCCGGUCGAGCGUUGGCCGGUACGGCAAAGGGACAGGCUCAUGAUCCUACUGAUGUGGAACCCCUAUUCCUUGGCAUCGGCACCGGCGGCCGCGAUGACUUUGCCGGGAAUGAUCCGCCCGCCGAAGAGGUAUCGGAAUCGCCUAUCGCAGUCGACUUCAAUGUUUACGACAAUGCUUAUAAAAGCGAAGUCGACCGCAUCAAGCAGGAGACCAGCGAACAUCCGCCCACGAUGUUUCUGACCCAACUUGUUGACCAAAGGGAGUUAUUUCGCAACGACAACAAUAUCGUCUCCACAGCUGAGAAUAGCUUGGACAGCAACGUUCAAGGCCAAGGUUCCGGCGAUCUUGGCAGUUCUAGUGAGGGCAAGUUUUCAGACCUGGUGAUAGAGGACGCUAAGCAGGUUCCAAGGUUACCGGACAGAGAGGAGUAA